GGCGCGUUUUCCUGGCGUUUAUUUCCUCGAUGUUGCGCGCUGAAGACGAUGACAAUUCAGAAGAAGGCCUCCACACCAUCCAUUCGGGAAGGCAUGAAUAUGCAUUCAGCUUCGAGCUUCCACAGACACCACUUGCUACCUCAUUCGAAGGCAGACAUGGCAGUGUGCGCUAUUGGGUGAAAGCCGAAUUGCAUAGGCCUUGGUUUCUACCAGUAAAAUUAAAGAAGGAAUUUACAGUCUUUGAACAUAUAGAUAUCAACACUCCUUCAUUACUGUCACCCCAAGCAGGCACAAAAGAAAAGACUCUUUGUUGUUGGUUUUGUACCUCAGGCCCAAUAUCCUUAAGUGCCAAAAUUGAGAGGAAGGGCUACACCCCAGGUGAAUCAAUUCAGAUCUUUGCUGAGAUUGAGAACUGCUCUUCCCGUGUGGUGGUGCCAAAGGCAGCCAUUUACCAAACACAGGCAUUUUAUGCCAAAGGGAAAAUGAAGGAAGUCAAACAGCUUGUUGCCAACCUGCGUGGGGAAUCCUUGUCAUCUGGCAAAACAGAAACCUGGAAUGGCAAACAGUUGAAGAUUCCACCUGUUUCCCCUUCAAUCCUGGACUGUAGCAUAAUCCGUGUGGAGUAUUCACUGAUGGUAUAUGUUGAUAUUCCAGGCGCCAUGGAUUUAUUCCUUAACUUACCACUGGUUGUUGGUACCAUUCCUCUACACCCGUUCGGUAGCAGAACAUCAAGCGUGAGCAGCCAGUGUAGCAUGAACAUGAAUUGGCUCGGUCUGACACUGCCCGAAAGACCAGAAGCACCUCCUAGCUAUGCAGAAGUGGUCACAGAGGAACAAAGACAGUCCAGCCUUGCACCCAUAGGUGCUUGUGAUGACUUUGAGAGAGCGCUUCCAGGACCAUUGUUUGCAUACAUCCAGGAGUUCCGUUUCCUGCCUCCACCCCUCUAUUCAGAAAUUGAUCCAAACCCAGAUCGACCCACAGAUGACAGACCAUCUUGCCCCUCUCGUUGAAGGAAUCUAUCCUGAAGAGUUGACUUCACUUGGGUUUUGAAUCAUACCUGCCGUGUUGAAGGUCAGGGUGUCAUUGUGGAGAUAUGCUUUCAAAGGAAGUGGUUUUGCUCUUGCCUGUAUGGUGAAUACAUGAAAACAACCUGUGAUCGUGGUUUGAAGCCUACAGUAACAUUAUAGGACUGCUCCACAUGCUUGAAGACCUGAGCUCUUUACUUUUUUCUCUCUUUCCCCACCCUACCCCAACCCCCUUAAAUACUGGCACAUACUAGGAGCAGCCUUACUAACCUACAGUCAUGUGUGUCAAAAACACUCAAACCACAUUGUAAGAGAGGGAAGUCUUCCUCUUAUGAUUUGGAAAUUUGCACAUGUGCACAUGCUCACUGCUUACGUUGUGCAGUUCAGUGUCACUACAGCUUUUUUCUCCCUUUAUGCUGGACUGUUGUUACCCCUUCUCUUAAUUUGUUUGUGGUCCGCACAAUAAGGAGCAAAGGAAGGCUUUGGCAAAAAAAAAUAACCACCAAGAGCAACAGACUUUGACAAAUGCACUGACUUUUUCCUCUUUUUAUUUAAUGUAGCCUGGACUUUACCUGUAUAUGCACAUGCUCAGAAUUGUCCUAGUAGGCUGAUCAUGUAUCACCUCUUCAGCUUGGAUCCUAUUGUGGAUUUAUUUACGAACAUCAAAUGCCUUCAAGCCAAUCCUUCUUGCUGUAUGUUUUGCAGCCUACUGUAGUAGAUAAGCAACAGAUGUGGGGAUAGGGGGGGGGGUUGCAGAGUUUGUAGAAAAACUUAAUAGACUUCCAUCAAGAUUGUAUAACUUCUUGAUUUCUUUUAAUAAUUUGUUGCCUUUCUACUAUUCUCGCAAAGCAGCAUUUUGUUACAGACUGCCUAAAAAUCACUUAAUCUCAGGUGAACUCAUCACUUGCCAAACUGUUGGAAUGCUAUUUGUUUUGUUACGUUGCACUGUUGAGUUACUUCUUUUUUUUUUGAUUUUUGUGUUUGUGUUUUUUUGUUCUUUGAGAGGGGGAUCUAGAAUAGGGACAUACACAAAAGUUAAAAAAUGCACCCUCGUUCAUGUUUCUUUUUCUAUGUCACCAAAAAAAAGAUGUUUAAGUUGUGAAGCUUUAAAAAACAAAAGCAAACAAACCAAGGCACAAAUAACAGCAGUACCAGCAGACACCAGCCAAACCUCAAAAGAAUUUUAAAAGGAAAUAGUCAUACACUGUUGAGGUUUCAUAGAUUGGUAUCUCAAGUAGUAGGGAUGGGAAGGGAAAGCAAAUGUAUUUUUAUAUAUAGUUACCUAAUCACCAAAAAUUCUAUAUGUAAGGAGUCUCUAGUUGAAAGUAUAUUUCAAACUGCAGGAAAAGCUUGGACUAUGCUAAGAGCUCAGUUUGUGCACUUUGUAUUAUCUUCAGGGUUUAUGAUACUGUAAAAAAUAGCAAGACUAGAAGUAUAAUUAAACUGGGCAAGAUUAGUGUUACCAGCCAUACUCAGAUACUGGUUAGCUAGAGUUGCUUCCACAGUUGCAUCUUCCAUGGUACUGUCUAAGAGCUGUAAAACACAGAAGGGUGGAUUCCACCCUGUCCUCAUUCAGAAUGCAAGAAACGUUGUGGAAACAGCUCUCGACCUUGAGGGUGCCCCAGGGAAGAGGAGUGCAGUGGAGCCACUAGAUGAAAUACCAGCAUUUGUACGCUAGAGAUUAACCACAAAAGUCAACUUUUCCUUUUUCAGAAACUAUGUAAUACAGGCCGUUGACAAAAGGGAACAUGCUUCUGGUGUUGGGACUUAAAUCACGAUGUAAUCCAUCGAGUAUUGAUCUCCUUGUGCAAUAAAACAGCUCGGAAGGGAGCAGGAGAGGGGAGGCUGGCCUGAACUGCAUGGUGCUCCU